UUGAAUCAAAUCCACGCCAUUGUCUUCCUUUGGGAUGUUUUCAAAAGUCAGCCCAGUAUCUUUUAAAAGCGUGGGAAGUUGUUUUGAAAAAUGCGUCAUUAAAAUGGACAUAACACAACAGCCGCAACUACAACCGCCAUCAGAUUAGCGUCUUCGCGGGGCAAGUUUGCAAUUCGAGUCAAAGUUGUACGGCGACUCUUCAAACAGCAGCUUUAAAUCACAGCCGAACAGAAAUCCUCUACCGCUACAACUUCAGAGACUUAAGCCCAUAGAAGUAAGAAAGGGGAAGAGGAUGGCUCUACAGUCUACCCUAAUCGUAUCUCUAUAUGCUUUUCAGGAAGUUGAACAAAGAGAGCAGGCGAUCGCUCGCUGCUUGUGUCUGGAGCGGGCUCAGCUUGUCAAAGGGCAAAGAUGCUGUGGCUUCAAAGUUGGACCUUGCAUCUCACAAAUUAUUCAAAACAACUUCAAAGGAUGUUGUGUGAAGCCAGUGCUAAACUACCAGUGUUAACGUUGUUCACCAAGCAUCCCUGUCCUUUAUGCGAAGAAGCCAAAAUGAUGCUUGAACCGUAUAAACACAAGUUUACUUUGGAGGAAAUAGAUAUAACUCUACCUAAUCAUUCAGUCUGGCUUGAAAAAUACAAGUAUGAAAUACCUGUCUUUCAUCUGAAUGGGAAAUUCUUAAUGAAGCAUCGAGUAGAUACACAAAAACUAGAAAAUCAUCUUUUGAAUUUAGAAUUACAAGAUGAAAGAAACAAAUGAAGCAAAAUGAAGAUAUUUAACUGCAAGCCAUAAGGAUUGCAUUGAUCACUUUUGUAUUGCCUUUUGUACAAACAAAAACAUACCCUGCAAAUUUUAUAAUCAACUAUCAAGAGUUGUGUUUGAUGACAUAUUUAUUUUACAUUGACUAUGUUCUUCACUGACAGUAAACACAACACACAUUUUAGAAUUUUUUUCAAUUGUCACACAUCUCAUAUACGCUUUAGACUUUAUGCUACUACUAUACAGUGGCAUAUAAUUGUAUUAAUAAAAGUGAAGCAGCAUAAAAUAAUGUUCUAAAAUAAUUGAAACAAUCUGAAUCCAAGGAAACUUAUUAUCAAUUUCACCUUCAUUCUUAUAUUUGUUGUUAAACAUUAUAUAACUUUCCUUGGAUAGCAGUUUGCAUAGCUAACAAUAGAUUUAAACCUUAGGCUAAAAUUAUAUAGCAGCCUUUCCUUCUAAAUAUGUUGGACUUCAUAACUUCCAUUCUUCUGUUGGCUUGGAAUUCAGUGCAUCCGGAAGGUUUCAACUUGAGAGAACUUGCCUAGAUUUUAAGGAUAACACUGAUGGUCCUCAACUUACAACCAUUUGUUUAGUGACUAUGCAAAGUUAAAACAGCACUGAAAAAACUGACUUAUGACUGUUUUUCAAACUUGCUAAUGUUGCAGCAUCCCUAUGGACACAUGAUCAAAAUUCGGAAACUUGGCAACUGGCUUAUAUUUAUGACAGUUGCAAUGUCCUGGGAUCAUGUGAUUCCCGUUUGCAAUCUUCUGACAAGCAAUCAAUGGGGAAUCCAGAUUCACUUAACCACUAUGUUACUAACUUAACAACAGCAGGGAUUCACUUAACAAUUGUGACAAGAAAGGUCACAAAAUGGGGCAAAGCUCACUUAACAAAUGUCUCACUUAGCAACAGAAAUUUUGGGCUCAAUUGUGAUCAUAAGUCAAGGACUAUGUAUCCAUGAAAAUUGGCCACUCUUUAUGAUAAUUGCUUUAUGAAAAUUUUUCUGAUUGCUCCUGGAAGCCAAUCAAAAAUUUCAAAUGCUGUAGUAGUAGUAACAACAUUUGGACCAAAGUCCUUUUGGCUAUAUUGGAAAAAGGACAAAUAGGCGGAUCAUUGAAAUAGAUUAUCUUCAGAGUCUUUUCCAGUUCUGUGAUCUCUGUUUCCUCAUAAUUGGUCUUUCAUUAGAGGCUUAUUAGUUAAUGAUGCCUCAUUAAAUAUACAUAGAAGUGCAUCCAAGAGGUAAAAGCCUACAGCAGUGUGCGAUAGCCUCUGAUGUGAUUUGCUUUUACUCCCAUGGAAAUUUAAUAGACACAACAAGCGGAGAGGUUAUCAUAAUCAGUAUAAGUGCACUUUAUAUAAAGCCUUGAUGAUGUACACAGCAGUACUCAAACUGAGUCUCUGGCUAGCUUAAACUGAUUGAAGGUUUUUUCUAAUUUGCGUUCCAAAAGAACUACUCAAAGAAUCCUUGUUUUCCCAACAGGCUUGAGUAUCUUUAAAAGGAUAUUUACACUAAAAAUUAAAUAUUUCAGUAGGAAAUUUAAUCGUUGGCUUUUGGUAAAGAUAUUUGGCAAUGAUAAAAUGUUGGUAAAUGGAGAUUAAUAUAACCCUUUCGUACUUUCCCUUCUGUGUACUUUCCCUUCUGUGCUCUUUAAACCUUUUCUUCCCCUUAUUCAUCCCAAUGCUUUGAUGCUCCUGGUUGCUCUGAUUAUUAUUUGUGUUAUUUUAUUACAACAGUUUAAAUUAGUAAAGCAUAGUAAAGUUGUGAACUCAUUCAUCUUCAUAA